AUGGAAGUGACUGGUUCGAAAGGUGUACAUGCUCCGUAUGCUCCUGCAGCGUGGGCAGCAGACCAGGAGCUGCGCCGCCUGAAAGCAAAGCUGAGGAGACUUGAGCAAGAGCUGCGGGAUCUGGGAGGGGCCACGGAAGAUGCACCCAGCGCGCCAGCCUUUGCGGCUGGGCAAGAGUCGGGCAGCACGACCGACUGGGUGUCCAUGCCUAAGAGCCGGUCGCUGAUAGCGACACUUUUACUGAGGGGUGGGGUGGAAAGCAACCCUGGGCCCACUUCGCAGGAGGAGAAAGAGCUGGCUUGGAAGAAGAGCUGGCAGGAUUUCGAUCCUGACAUUGACCCCGACCUGCUAGACUACCUGGCAAAGGAGCAGCUCUCCUUGGCACGCUGGAGAGGGACGCCCAAAGACGACCGCCCUGCGCUUCUGAGUGGCUUGCAGAAAGAAUACCCAGGGCCAGGGAAGUGGCUGAACGGCUGGACUGCGAUCCUCAAUAGUGCUGCAGCGUGGGCAGCAGACCAGGAGCUGCGCCGCCUGAAAGCAAAGCUGAGGAGACUUGAGCAAGAGCUGCGGGAUCUGGGAGGGGCCGCGGAAGAUGCACCGAGCGCGCCAGCCUUUGCAGCCGGGCAAGAGUCGGGUAGUACGACGGACUGGGUGUCGAUGCCCAAGAGCCGGUCGCUGAUUGCGACACUUCUGCUGAGGGGUGGGGUGGAAAGCAACCCUGGGCCCACUUCGCAGGAGGAAAAAGAAGUGGCCUUGAAGAAGGGGUGGCAGGCUGUCGAUUCCGAUAUUGACUCGGACUUGCUGGAACACCUGGCAAAUCAGCAGCUGACCGUGGACCGCUGGAGAGGGAUGAGCGAUGACGGCCGCUCGAAGCUUCUAGACCGACUUGAACGGGGGUACCCAGGGCCAGGGAACUGGUUGUUGGGCUGGAAUGCUAUCUUCGACAAAGCUGCAGGUAAGCAGCCCCCUCUAUCAGACGAGUAG